CAACAACUCAACGUUCACGGCUUCAAUUUGUUGCUGCGUUUGAUUUGCUCUUCUCUGCGUUCUCGUUCAUCUCUGCUCAGAUUCAGAUCUUCAGUCUCCUUCAUCCAUCGGCGUCAUCCUCUGUUCUGCUUUCUACCGACCUGCGGAUUCCUCUGUGCUCGAUUCUGGAAAAAUUCUUGAGGUAUUGAUGGACCAAUGUACUUAUUAGCCACAUAUAUGUACUGAAACAUGAAUGAAAUACAAGUGAGAUAUCAAAGCAAAUAGAUUUCUAUAAAGCAAGUGAACUGAAAAACAUGCCGGUAAGAAUUCUACUUUGUGUUGACUGUAUUUCUCUCGGAUUGCGUGUAAAUUAGAAGCAUGGGCGCUAUAUUGUUAAAUUAUGCAAAAAAAAAAAUUUUUUUAUCGCAAAUUGUUUCCGAUUCCCUUAUCGCAACGCUCUUCGGCUCUAUCUCUUCCUCUAACCCAUACAUUGAUCUACUUGACUUUUUGGUAGGAAUAAAUGGAAAAUUGUUAUUCGUGAAGCAAUAUACUUGGUUUUUAGCAGAAUGUUCGAUGAUGUUGAGCAAAAAUCGUAGCCAAUUGAUAUUUGUUACAGUGAGAUGCUACUCCAGGGUUCGCCCUCCACGACCCAUUACGGAUGAACCUGUAAUCAGAGUGUCCAACAACAUUGCACGCCUUGAUGCUCCAAAAGAAGGUCCGAAACCCAGGCAGCUUCUCUCAUUGCCUCCUUUCCCACCUCACUCUUUGCCUGGUAAGAACUCAAUCACUGCUUCAGGGCAGCCUGGUCAUACAACUGCUAUCAGUUGGGUGAAGUACUACUUCAAGGGAAUGUGGAAUUCUGUCAUUGAGUCCCAUUUCAGGGAUGGUCUUGUCAAGAUGGAAGACCCAGUUUCUGAUAAACCUUUCACUCAAAAUGAAGGGCAGAAAGCUAUGAGGAAGAUUAAACAUAAUGAAGUGAUGGAGCCUGGGGCAAGAAUUCAUGUCCCUGUAUCGGUUGCUGAGACUAGGAUUUCUAAAAGAUAUGACACAAUACCUAGUGGAACAUUAUAUCCAAAUGCUGAUGAAAUUAGGUAUCUGCAGAGGCUUGUGAUUUACAAGGAUUCUGCCAUAAUUGUACUAAAUAAACCUCCAAAAUUGCCUGUUAAGGGAAAUCUGCCAAUUCAUAAUAGCAUGGAUGCAUUGGCAGCUGCAGCGCUUUCCUAUGAUUAUAAUGAGGGUCCUAAGUUGGUUCACCGUCUUGACAGAGAGACCAGUGGCAUCCAUUUGUUAGGAAGAACAGAAGAUAGCAUAGAACACCUUCAGUGGCUGUUCAGUAACAUAAACCAGGCAAAAUCUUCUAAUAAGGCUUGGAAUGAUGCAUGUGAAGCUACAUAUCAGAGGUAUUGGGCAUUGGUCAUUGGCACUCCUAAAGAGAGAGAAGGCUUAAUUUGUGCCCCUCUUUCAAAGGUUCUUCUAGAUGAUGGGAAGACAGAGAGAGUAGUACUAGCCCACCAGUCUGGUAUUGAACCUCAUCAAGAAGCUAUAACUGAGUAUCGGGUUCUUGGUCCGAAGAUAAAUGGUUGCUCCUGGAUUGAGCUACGUCCACUUACUUACCGGAAACAUCAGUUGCGAGUUCAUUGUGCUGAAGCACUUGGCACACCCAUAGUUGGCGACUACAAGUAUGGCUGGUUCGUGCACAACCGAUGGAAACAGAUGCCUCGAGUCGACAUUGAGCCAAUGUCUGGACAGCCAUACAAGUUGAGGAGGCCGGAAGGCCUGGAGGUUCAGAAGGGAAGUGUUCUGUCAAAGGUUCCAUUGUUGCAUCUUCACUGCAGAGAACUGGUACUGCCCAAUAUUUCGAAGUUUUUGCGUGUUUCGAAGAGAUCACAAGAAUUGAGCCCUUCACGUCUUAAUAGCUUGAAUCCUGAUGUUAUUCGGUUUGUGGCAACAAUGCCCUCUCAUAUGAGGAUCAGUUGGAAUGUAAUGUCAUCUUAUUUGGUUUAAGGACUAGUUUCUCUCGAAGUGUCAUUCAUUUUUUAUGACAUGUACCUUGAAUAGUUAGGCUGUUGACGCUUUGACAGCAUAAUCUAGAUUAUCAUCAUUUUGUGAUGUACAUUAUUAAGAGAAAUAAUAGUGCAGGUUAAUUUAUUCUUUCGA